AGAGGCAGUGUUCAACAUAGAGAUCACAGGCUGUCACAUAUCAUCAUCAGGUCUGAAGUCCUUAAUUUUACAUCAAAAUGAAAGAAGAUAUGGAUUUAAAGAAAAAAGACAAAUACAUCAUCGAUGGCUUUCCUGAUAGCGCUUAUGAUAACUCUGCCUUUCAAGAAGAUGAAAAGCCAGGAAGUAAUGGGACAAUAAAGCCGGAGACAGACAAUGAGAAAAAGGGGACCAAAAUGGGUUCCGCAAAGAUGGUUGGCUUUUUUGAGCUGUUUGUCUUUGCAGACAGGUUGGAUAUAUUUUUGAUGAUUGUUGGUUUGGUGUGCGCUCUCGCCGCUGGCACUGGACUUCCUAUUAUGAUCAUAGUCUUUGGGGAGAUGACGGAUGCCUUUGUUACCAGUGGUAUUCCUAACACCACUGACAGUUCUGCAUCGAAUAGUUCUGUAUCGAACAGUUCUGUAUCGAAUAGUUCUGUAUCGAACAGUUCUGAAUGCAAUCAGAAGUUUAUCGGGACUUUGGACAUAGAAGCCGAAAUGACAAGAUAUUCAUACUAUUAUGUUGGCAUUGGUGUUGCUGUGUUCGUGUUGAGCAUUUUUCAGAUCUGGACCUUUUUCAUAGCUGCUUCAAGACAGACUCAUAGGAUUCGACAAGGGUUUUUCAAAGCUGUGCUUCAUCAGGAGAUGGCUUGGUUUGACUCAAACCAAAUUGGGACACUGAACAGCAGACUAACAGAGGAUAUUAAUACCAUUCAUGAAGGACUUGGGGACAAAAUUUGUAUAUUUGUCCAGUUUUUUUCCACAUUUAUAUCCGGAAUAGUCAUUGGAUUUGUGAAUGGCUGGAAGCUGACAUUAGUUAUCCUGUCAGUGAGUCCAGUUCUUGCGAUAUCUGCAGGUAUCUGGUCUAUGCUACUUGCUACAUUCACAACAAAAGAAUUGUCUGCUUAUGCAAAAGCGGGUGCUGUAGCAGAGGAGAUCCUUACAGCUAUACGGACAGUAGUGGCAUUCAAUGGGCAAGAAAAGGCCCUUAAACAGUAUAAUACAAACUUAAUAGACGCUAAAAAAGUUGGCAUAAAAAAGUCAAUUACAACUAAUGUGUCCAUGGGAAUCUCUCAGUUUAUCAUCUUUGCAGCGUAUGCUUUAGGUUUCUGGUAUGGAACCAAACUCGUAGUGGAUGAACAUGACACAUACAGCAUUGGCAAAGUGUUAAUUGUGUUUUUCUCAGUACUCAUUGGUACAUUUUCCCUUGGCCAAGCAGCUCCUAACCUAGAGAGCAUUUCUAAUGCACGUGGAGCUGCCUAUGAAGUAUAUAAAGUCAUCAGAAAGCUUCGGCCAAUUGACAGUAGUUCGAACGUAGGGCACAAACCAGAGAAACUUACAGGGCACAUUGAGUUUAAGAAUAUUCACUUCUCUUAUCCAAGUAGACCAGAUAUACAAAUUUUAAAGGGUCUCAGUCUUAAAAUUGAUGCUGGAAAGACGAUUGCCCUUGUGGGGUCCAGUGGCUGUGGGAAAAGUACCACAAUUCAACUGCUACAGCGAUUCUAUGAUCCUCUUAUGGGGGAGGUUACGGUCGAUGGACAUGAUGUGCGUACGCUCAAUGUAAAGUGGCUAAGGGAAAAUAUUGGAGUUGUCAGCCAAGAGCCAGUUUUGUUUGGAACAACAAUCAGGGAAAAUAUUCGCUAUGGAAGACAGGAUGUUACUGAAGAUGAAAUCAUUCAAGCAACCAAAGAGGCCAAUGCCUUUGAUUUCAUAUCUAAGCUCCCAGAUGGUUUAGACACAAUGGUAGGUGAAAGAGGAGCUCAGCUCAGUGGAGGACAAAAGCAGAGAAUAGCUAUUGCUCGGGCCCUAGUCCGUAACCCCAAAAUCCUUCUGCUUGAUGAAGCAACAUCCGCUUUGGACACUCAGAGUGAAAGUAUUGUGCAGAACGCUUUGGAUAAGGCUAGAGCUGGUCGAACCACAAUUGUGAUUGCUCACCGACUGUCUACUGUCCGUACAGCUGAUGUCAUCGCUGGAUUUCACAAUGGUGUUGUGGUGGAACAGGGGUCACAUGAUUAUCUAAUGGAGAAGAAGGGGGUGUACUACUCUCUUGUAAUGUUGCAGAGUUAUGAAAACACUGAAGAGAAAGAAGAUAGUGAUUAUGAGGAAGAAACAGAAGAAGAGGAGGAUGAAGGAGAAAUGUUUGAAUAUGACACUGUAAAUGACAAUUACGCAGAGAUUGCUGAUGACUUGCAAAAUCCUAACGCCUUGGGUAUCAGGCAUAGAAAUAGCCUGCAGAGGCUUUCCAGCAAGAGAAAGAGCAGAUCAUCGAAAAGGAAAUCUCAAUCAAAGAAAUCUGCCGGCGACGCAAAGGAGGUUGCGGAAGAAGCUCUUCCCACUUUCUCUCUUAAAAAAGUACUUGCACUCAACAAACCAGAAUCGCUCUAUAUUAUCUUCGGUGUCAUUGCUGCAGCCGUUAACGGUGGCAUAUACCCAACAUUUGCUGUCAUUUUCGGAAAAGUUAUCGGAGCUUUCAGUAUUCAAGAUCCUGAACAACUACGACAAAGGACAAUUCUGCUUUCGUUAAUGUUUCUUGCACUUGGAGUGAUAAGCUUGAUAGUUUACAUCAUCCAGGGUUUUACAUUUGGAAUAUCUGGAGAAAAUUUAACAAUGAGAUUAAGAUCAUUAUCCUUUAAAGCACUGCUCCGACAGGAAAUGGGGUUCUUUGAUGAUCAUGCAAAUGCCGUUGGAGUUUUGCUUACCAGACUUGCAACAGAUGCAUCUCAAGUGAAAGGAGCCACUGGUAGUCGAAUUGGACUGAUAGUCAUGACUGUGUGCACUCUACUAGCAGCCAUCAUAAUUGCAUUUGUGCACGGCUGGCAGCUAACGCUGCUUAUUUUGGCUUGUAUUCCCUUUUUGGUUGGUGCAAAUUUUAUUAGAAUGAGAGCAAUGACUGGCCAUGCAUCAAAUGAUCAAAAAGCUUUAGAAGAAGCUGGAAGGAUAUCCACUGAGGCCGUUGAAAAUAUAAGAACAGUUGUUUCCCUGACAAAAGAAGAGACAUUUUAUGAAAAAUACUGUCUAAGUUUAAGCGUUCCUUACAAGGACUCCUUGGCGAAAGCUCCUAUCUAUGGAUUUACUUAUGCACUUUCCCAGUCAAUAAACUUCUUUGUGAAUGCAGCUGUAUUUCGCUUUGGAGCCUGGCUGAUUGCACACUGCUACACAGAAUUUGAAAAUGUGUUUAUUGUAUUCUCUGCCAUUGUUUUUGCCGCUAUGAAUGUUGGGCAGUCCACAUCUUUAGCUCCGGACUUUGGGAAAGCCAGGGUAUCAGCCCAGCGCAUAAUGAGGCUCCUGGAAAGAAAACCAGCAAUUGAUAGUUAUAGCGAAGAGGGGGAAAAACCGAAUGACUUUGAAGGACACAUUGAGCUCCAAGAGAUAAAAUUUGUGUACCCAACAAGACCAAAUGUCCAAGUACUUCAGGGGCUCAGUGUAAAAGUUUCCAAAGGACAAACACUUGCCCUGGUUGGCAGCAGUGGGUGUGGAAAAAGUACCUCCAUUCAGUUACUGGAGAGGUUUUAUGAUCCGGUGGAAGGCACAGUGUUUGCUGAUGGAAAAGACACAAAGAAGCUAAACCUGAAAUGGCUACGGUCCCAGAUGGGAAUUGUAUCUCAGGAGCCCAUGUUGUUUGACUGCAGCAUAGAAGAAAACAUUCAGUAUGGAGUUCUUAGCAGAGAAGUGACUCAUGAAGAAGUCGUUGAAGCUGCAAAAGCCGCAAAUAUUCACACAUUCAUAGAAAACCUGCCUGAUCAAUACAACACACGAGUGGGAGAUAAAGGCGCCCAGCUUUCAGGAGGGCAGAAGCAGAGAAUUGCCAUUGCUCGGGCAUUAAUUCGAAAGCCAAAAGUUCUGCUCCUGGAUGAAGCAACAUCUGCACUUGACACAGAAAGCGAAAAGAUUGUCCAAAAGGCAUUGGAUGACGCGAGACAAGGAAGAACAUGUUUAGUGAUUGCUCACAGGCUGACCACAGUACAAAAUGCUGACAUCAUAGCAGUAAUUCAGAACGGACGGGUCAUUGAACAAGGAACUCAUCCUCAGCUGCUGGCAAAACAAGGCGCCUAUUAUGCUCUAGUCAAUUCCCAAGUCACUAACUGAUUUAGGGUUAUUUAUAUGAAAUAAUUUAGAUUUGGUUCUAAAAUGAUAAUCCUACACAAAAUGUGGCCUCCAUAGUUAAGGAGUAAGAAAUUAGUGCCUGGAGUUUAGCUAUGGCUGGCAUAUUGGCAGGACUGGACUCCCUACAUAACGAUACCACGUGCUUUUAAUGCACUGAUAUACAGUAUAUCGUAUCGACUGUAUCAGCCAGUGGUUGGGGAACAGUUUUUUACUUUUUGGUAAAAUAAUCCAUAUAUUGUUUGUGAACAUUCUCACUUAUUUUUAUUUUUUUUUAAAGUCAACCUUGAAGAAGGAAUAAGGCAUAGCAUUUUGAAAAAAUGUUAUUUCUUUUAUAUUUAAUAUAUUUAUAGCAAAUAAAAAAGGAAAGACAAAAAAAAAAAUGCAAUCUAUAAAUGUUUUUUAGCGCUACCUUUUUAAUGAGUGCAUCUAUAGGCUCCUUUCACACUUGUGGCAGAGUGAUCCGGCAAGCAGUUCCGUCGCUGGA